GUCAGCGAAAAGUAUCAUUCAGGACUUGUUCAUCCCGAAAGACACUUCUCAACUUAAGCAAAAUGAAAUUCGUAGUUUUGGCUCUUGCUCUCAUCGGCGCUGCCUCUGCUGGAUUCGUCGCCCCAGCUUACACCGGCUAUUCUGCUCCAGUAGUAGGUGCUGCCGUAGCUGCUACCCCAGUUGCUUAUACAGCCCCAGCUGUUGCCGCUGCUCCACUUGCCUACUCAGCUCCAAUUGUUAAGUCAGUUGCCUACGCUGCCCCAGCCGUUGCUGCUGCUCCAGUCGCCUACUCUGCCCCAGCUGUUGCUGCUGCUCCAGUCGCCUACUCUGCCCCAGCUGUUGCUGCUGCUCCACUUGCCUACUCUGCUCCAGCUUUUGCUGCUCCAGUCGCCACUGGCUUCCAUGCCGGAUACGUCGCCCCAGCUGUAGACUACUGGAAGAAGAAGGCUGCUGCUUAAGUUGUGGAUUGUUUCUGACGGAUUGAUUUAAUGGCUAAAUAAACGAGUUGACUGACGGA